AUGAGUCGAGAUAAAGGAAACGGCAAAGAAAGCUAUGCACGAUUAUGCGACGACGACGCCCGCAGGGAGAAGGUGAAGUCCGUCAUGCCAGGAAAAUUCAAGAAGUACUGUCCCAAUGUCCAUGUGAUACUGGACUGCACUGAGAUGGCUGUGACGGCAGCCUCUUCACUGACCCUGCAAUCAGAAACGUUCUCCCACGACAAAAACAGGACAACCUUAAAGGGACUGAUCGGAGUUUGUGGUUUCAUGCCAUCUAUGGGCCCCCACUGCCACAUUAAAAGCUGGGGACUCAGCCCGUUCUGCAAAACCUGCACCCACCACUUCCAGGUUCUGAGGAAACACAAUAACGCUCCGGAGAAUGGCCACGAUAGCCGUGCAGAUCCGGUGGACAAUGUCGUGGACCGUGGUAUAUCAAAAGCCUUGGAUACCACUGGUAUGUUACAGGAAACCAACUGGACAACAAUCAAAGAGUUUAUUAUUGUGGGCUUUCCAACCCUCCACCCUGAUUAUUAUGGCCUGGUCGCAUUCAUAUUUUGUAUUGUGUAUAUAGUCACAGUUGUAGGGAACUCUGUUCUAGUGGUAACAUUUGUGUAUGUGCCCAGCCUCCAUAAACCUAUGUACAUCAUCAUGUUCAGUUUGGCUCUGUCUGACAUAGGAUUUGGCACUGUUACAUUGCCCAAGAUAAUUGCUCUGUACUGGUUUGGUGAUAAAUUCAUACCCUUUCAUGUGUGCUUCGCACAAAUGUUACUGGUCCAUUUCUUUGGGACUGUGAACUCUUACAUUAUGGGGAUGAUGGCUAUGGAUCGUUACAUAGCCAUAUGUUUUCCUCUUAGAUACCCUAUGGUUAUGACAAAUCGCACCAUGACUAUCCUCAAUUGUGUUGCCUGGGCAAUGUCCUUUAUCACACCUGGCAGCAUGACCUUAUUGAUGUUGAUAUUACCUUAUUGUGGGCCAAACUAUAUCUACCAGUGUUACUGUGAUCAUAAUUCUGUCGUCACACUUUCAUGUGGUGACAACAGUUUUGUAAAGCUGGUUGCCUUUGCACAAGCCAUGGUAGUGCUUCUGAUACCCUUAGCUUUUAUCAUAUACUCCUACAUCCAUAUAAUAGUCAGUGUAGCAAAAAUAUCCACUUCACAGAGCCAGUGGAAAACCUUCUCCACCUGCACCACACAAAUAUGUAUAAUCAGUCUUUACUAUCUGCCACGCUGCACUGUCUAUAUAUUCAACAUGGCUGGACUCUAUAUUGACCUGGAUCUUCGCAUUACACUAAUUCUCUUCUAUAGUCUGUUUCCUCCUCUUGUAAACCCCUUCAUUUACUGCCUCAGAACAAAAGAGAUCAAACAAACACUGGUUCGUUGGUUUAGUGUAAUGAGCCUUGGGAACAAGUUGCUAUUUCCAGAUGACUGUUUCAACAAGCUCCUUGGAUGA